AUCGCGUCGCGAGCGAACGGUCGGAAUCGACAAGAGCGGGCAGUCGCGGGGGGGCCUGUGGGGUCAGCGGUUAUAUUAUGUCAAAGCGUUCUGUCGCGGUGUAUCGAUGAGUGCGAUUGCGAGCGCGAGCGCGAGCGCGCGACCCAUCGUACACGGAGACUCUUGCGCUUGCACGCGGUAAUAUCGCAGUCGUCGUCGUCGUCGACGUCGUCGUCGACGUCGCAGUAGUUAUCGUCGUCAUCGUCGCCGUCGCGUUAAAACGUCGCUACGCUUGCUUCGCGUAGGUCGCGACACACGCAGUGUCAGAGCGAGCGACGUCAGGCGGUGGAGUGCCGGAUGCAUUUUAAACGCGUGUCGUUAUUAUCGCCGGCCCGGACGUGAAAAAUCUCAUCGUCAUUUGACACGAUUACACGCACAAUACAACGCGAACUUCCUAGGAUACAUUGUCGUCAUUGGCCAGGACAGCCACGUAUGAAUGUGCGCUCUUCACGGUAUCGUCUUCGCGCGAACGCACGCGUCCGUAACCCUUUUCCCGAAAGCGCUGCUAUGCUGACGCUGCAGCAUCAAUUGCGAUAGACAAUAGCUCGAAAAUGGGGCUGAGACGACGGCGUAACAAACUGUAUGGGACGUCGAUGAAGUAAUCAGUCUAGAUCUCGUGAUAACGCUGAAGAAAAUGAUGACUGCCAUGGCCCGGUUGCCCUGCAAGCAAUCAUCGCCCUCGCAGCAGCCGAGAGUGAACAAUUUCGGAAACAGCCGGAAUCCUUACUGGGACAUGCAGGCCAGGCAUCCUGCACCGCCGUACGUGAGGAAUCAUCACCGGCAUACCGAUCAUACAGGGAAGCGGAAGAGCGCCGUCGAGCUGCUGCAGGAGACGAAAGCCUUUUACGUGAAGAGCGAGACCGUGUUGGAUCGGAAGCAAGAGCUGAAGAACAGCGGCCACCUACAGGUCUCGCAGCUGAGCGCACCGGGCGCGCCACCCAGAUUGUUACGGAAAUGCGCCGGCAACUCGUCUACCUGCUCUAUGCAGCCGACAUCGCCGUCGCAGAUGCCAACCCCCUUAACGCCGCCCUGCUGCUGGGCCUCGUGUCACGAACAGGAUAGACUAGACGGGAUCCUGAGCCCUCAACAAACACUGCCACCCGCGCUGCCACCGAAAAGUCCGCGUUUGGUUCCGGUUCCCCAAAGGCGGACAAUUUCAGGGCCCCCGAGCGGUACCGGGGGCGACCAGUUGCAAACGAAGCUGCGCCGGCUAUUGAAUACCGACAGCAAAGAGAAUGUAUUCUUUCCGGAUAACCCGACGCAAACCACGGCGCAAACUAACGGCGUACCGCGGGAAGAGAAAUUCCGAUACUCGCCCGGAAGUCUCUCGCCCGGCUGCCGAGACGAGGAUCGUGUGCUGCAUUGCGCGCCGCAGGAUGUUCGCUUCAAGUUCGGCAGAAGCAAUUCGCACUCGCAUACAUCCGGGAGAUCCGGUAGGAAAUCAAACAGCUCGCAGUCGGUGGAGAACACGAUAUGCCACAAGUCCUUGCCCGAUCUGCACACGAGCACGCGUCGCCGGGCGUCACUUUCGCCGCGCGCGUCCACGAAAUUACCCACGAAGCAGUCUGGUCACCAUCAAGCUGCGAAUAAUUGCCCAGACUGCGAAACUAGUUCAGAUUAUUCGGAUCGCAGUUUUAAGCGUGACGCCGUUUGUUACCGCAGUUCCCGACACAUUAGGCGAUCCUUGGGAUCCGGUGGCGGCGAUGCGAGCAGUGUGUUAUCCUCCGGUGGACGGACACAAAAGUCGUCGGGUUCCAGUAAAUUGAGUCACGGUGCGACAGCGAGGGACUCUGGUGGUUCCUCCGGGCAUUGCACGCACCGUAGCGAACCAGCACCUAGGAUACAGGAUUGUUGGAGUCACAUACGUAGAGAUAGUGGCGCGUCCACGCAACAUUCCACAGAGAAGGAUCGGUCGAGAAAAGGCAGCUAUGUCGGCGGCACGCCGCCGUCCGUUGUGAGACACUACAGUCCGGAUUCUGAGAGCAGCAACAGUCAGACGGAUUACAGUCCAACUUGUAACUCGAGGUUUUCGGACGGUUGGAAAGAAGGUCGCGGUCGACCGAUCUUGAGAUCAAAGUCCGACAUCAGCGACCGAUAUUGGCGUCAGGAUAACGGCCGUUCCAGCAAAUUGUCCUCCCGACCGCCGCGAUCGGUCACCCAGCUCGAGAACUUUUUCGACCGUUUAGGGCUGGAUUCUGACAACUACCAACGCAUCACGGAACCCGACUCGAAGUCAUCGUCGCCCGUGUUCUUUGACAGCGUCAGCUCCGUAGACUCGGCACUGGGUCUUUACUCGUGGGUAGGUAAUAAUCAGACAAGUCAGGGCGGUCAGUGGCAGAACAAUAACUGCAGCAUCGGCAUGGGUAACGAUGAAUGUAACCAAAGGGUAAACGAUCCGCCGAGUAUCGUCGAGCGAAAUGCACGUAUCAUCAAAUGGCUUUGCCAAUGCCGCAAGGUCCAGUUCGGAUACAGUUAAACAACGAGUUCCCAGUGUGGAUGGAUAAUCUGUUUCGUCUCUGAUAGUAUAUAUACGUUUGAAUCAACGAGGUGGUAGUGGUUGUUUGUUCCACAAACAAUAUAUCUGAUAUUGCAGGAAUUUUACAAAUUCACUUGUUUCUCGUAAAUAUGGAAUUGAUCGAUGUCUUUUCUAUCCUCCUUUGGACUAUACUCGCAUAAUUUAAGUCGUUCAAGAAUCUUGAUCGCUCUUGUGUUAGUUGUUGUAAGAGUACGUCUAUAUUGCCUUUUUAAUUUAUUGCGCUUAACGAUAGAGACGAGUCUGUGCCAUUUUACAAUUACUUCUUGUUACGGUUAUAUAUGUUGUGCCUUUCGUCGAAUUGUUGGUCGUCAUAAACGUCAGGGUAACGUUCUUCGUAAUGUAUUUAUGCGAAAUGUGAAAUGUAGAUAUCGCGUUAAUAAUUUACUAAUAAUAAAAAUUCUCAAUUUUUGUCGCGCUAAAAUCUCUGGGGAUAAAAACGUUUUGGUAAAGUCCAAUAUAUAUUUUUGAAGGCACAUUUAAAUUUUCUCGUUUUUAUAUGUAACGUUUUUCUCGGACGAAUUCGUUAUUGCGGUUUAACAUUAUUGAUCUUGUAAUAAGUCUAUGAUAUGUUACACGCGGGUAUUUUUCCUAUUUAGCAAAGCAAUACUAGAUUACUACACACCAUAUUACUGAUGUUUCCUCGGUAAGAAGUGUAAAUUUCGUUGCAUUUUGAUGUAAUAAGGUAUCGAUCCAACGAGGUGAUUGUCUCGUCUCCAAUCUCGGGAAUGGUGAUCGAUUGAUGAUCGAUCGAUAUAUCGUUUGAUUUGUAAAAAGAAAGAAAAAAGUACUCGUAUGAAAGAUAUUCGUCUCGACUUUAUGAAAGCUCUUAUAGAAUCUAAUUUCAUAAGGAAAAAGAUUUUAAAAAUGUUGCCUUUACUUGUUGGUUUCUAUAAGAACCACAUAUAUUUAAAGUGAAAUAAGAGUUCAAUUGAUGUUAAUAAUCCGUGAGAUUUAGAAGACGAUUGAUAAGUUACGCAGAUAGUUUGGUGUUAAACCAGUAGAUAGAAGUAUAAUUCCAAUUUUGUAGCUUGGUAGGAAUUGAUGUGAUCUACAUUAAUGCCGUGUAUAAAGUGAAACGCUCAUUCAUCAUCGUUCUAUUUUAAUAAUAAUCUACAAAGGUUUGUGCUAGCUUCACCGUAUUCACCUUUUUGCUCAUCGACUUUCGUUCUAGUAUUAUACAAUAUGAAUCAUACAAAAAGAUAUAUAGUAAAUGUCUAUUUUCUGAAUUUUCUUGAGAGUAAUCUAAUAAUACGCUAUAUUUACAAAGACUGUAUGGACUCUACAAAUGACGUUAGCUCGAUAUACGAAUCUGAUAUGCGAGUUUAACCCUUUGCUGUUUUACCGUGAUUUGGUAAUAAAUUGUUUGAAAAUAAAUAAAUUAUCAAAGUUAUAUCAGAUGUAUAAUAUAUCGGAUGUGAGGAAAAGUCAAUAGGAGUUGUUGCAAGAUAUAAAUUGUGAAACCUAUUCACAUACUCUAUAUAAAUGAAAUAAGAGAGACAGAUUAUCAAGUGAGUUCCUUUAAGAAUUAUCUAUUGUCAAAGUUUUGGACGGAUCCCACUUUUGAUAUCCCGCUUCUUGUUCUAUUUAUAGAGUGAAUUUCGCAAUUUAUCUUGCGUCAGUUUUUAUUGGUUUCUCUUCGUCUUCAAUUAGAUGCCUAAAGGUAUUAUAUUUUAGUAGUAUGCAAGAAUUUAUUUGUAAAAACGUUAUUGCUCGCGCGAAAAUAAUGAGACCAAUGAGAAAUGCACCAAGCAACUCGAGAAUGCAAAGGGUUAAUCCAGUUUCUAUCAUUUUCUCAGUUAUUGCACAGAGACUCGUUGUACUUAGAAGAGAAUAUGUAAUGCGGACUAUGAUAAAUUGAUAAUUGCAAGAUAUUUAAUUUAGGGAUUUAAUGACAGAGUAGAAAUUCCAUUACUUAAUCUUUUCGUACUUUGUGUUUCGAAAGCAUUGCAGAUCUAUUUUAAUAACAUGAAACCAUUCUAAUCGUGUGGCAAUGGUACUUAUCAUCUUUUCUUUUUUGGUUGAUUAAUGUUUAUUAUACAUCAUCAUAUAUACCUAAUAUUUUUGAUUGCACUUAACGCAUUGUGAUAAUGCACAUUUAGCAAAAUGUAAUCUCUCACAUCUCCGCGCAUGUGUACGCGAAUUAUGUUAUUCUGCGUGAUCGCUCGCAAUUGUAGAUACAUAUGAGCGUGCUAAAAUAAAAAAAUUGUUAACAUUGAUACACGCACGCGCAAACACAUACACAUACAUACAUAUAAUUACCUUAAUAUACGAAUGUAAAGAUUGCCGUCUGCAUUGCUUAUCUCUUAUUUCUUGUUAAAAGCGCUUCUCACAUACUGUGCAAUAACUAUCGUAAUCUUUAUUCACACCUAAUUCACGCGUAGAAUUUAAUCGCUGAUUUUAUUAAACUAUUUUCUUUUCCCUACUCCAUCGCAAUCAAAUAGUAGUGUAGGAAAAAGUUUGGAUGUUUACAAAGAAAAGUUGUUAUAAUUACGAUGAUUCAUAUAUUCUUAUAUAACACAUAAUUUAUGUAAUAUAAAGUAGAAUUAUUCGACCUUAUUUCUAAUUUCAAGUGGUACGGAUGUUUUAAGUGUGUAAUUAACGAUUUCACAUAGUUCGUAAUUACAGUAUGGAUACAGCGUUUCAGUAAAACAGGGAAGGAUUACAGAACCAUGACAUCUAUUACAUAGUAAAAUCUUACGUUCUUUUCGAGGGAACAGUUGAAAGAAUCCUUAGAUAUGAAAUGUCUCGGGCAUUUUAUGCCGACUAUAGACACUAGAUGUCAAGUUAUAUAUAAAUCAAAUCAAAUAGAUCUGUUUCACCGCCGAAGCAUUAAUAGUUGUUGAGUUAUACAUAAUUGAAGGUCACAGGAUUUUGGAUUUUGGAGCGUUUUGGAAUUUUUAUUUCACUGACUCAACUACCAGAAUAUCUAACGUUGAAGAUUGAAAAACUGCGCACAUCAUAAAGGAAACAACAUCAGAAUUAUACUCCAAGUCGCCAAAGAAUCUAAAGUCGAGAGCAACUUUGCGAUGUCUGAGACACUAGUGUGUGUAUAAGGCAUUAGAGAUAUUGGCAUAAUAAUAGUAUGUAAUUAGCGUUUACUAUACUUGCAAUUUCCGAUAAGAAUAUAUAAAGAAUUUAUAAAGUUUAUAAUCGCUGCUGUAGUAGUCAAUUGUAAAGCAUUAUUGCACAAAAUUAGACAUGCGACGAACGUAUGCUUAUAAUAUAUACAUAUUUCCUAAAUUUUGGAGUCGCGUAUAAUCUUAUUUUUCACGAUAGAAAGAAUGUCUAGUGUAAUGUGUAGUGUUAUGCAGUGCGUUUGUACACACUUGAUGUUAAAGUCGUGGAGCUGAAAAUAUUGGAAUUCGCACACAGAGAGAGGGAGAGAGAGAGAGAGAGAGAGAGAGAGAGAGAGA